AUGUUCAACAAUCAUGGUACCACCACUUCAGAAAAACAACCAAAAGCUCUCGCUCCUACUUCAGAUCAUAUCGAUUCCCCAAACCUCAUUCGUUCCAAAUCAAAAGCGAACAUUCAACUCUACGAUGAAUUGGGGAUAAACCAGGAGACUCGUCAGAUCUUGCAAGAUAAUCACGCUUAUAUAUGGAAGAAAGAUGCCAAAGGGAAUUUGUUAAUUAAGAGUUUACAUUCUGACCCUUCGAGUCCUAGGAAUUGGAGGAAUUGGAAAAGAUACGCUUUAGUUGGACUGGCGUCUCUGUUGAAUAAUCUUGUCUGCUUAUGCGUCUCGGGAUAUUCAACGGGAGUAGAACAGAUGCAGGAGGAAUUGGGAUUUGGCUCGGAACUCGGGACACUGGGUCUCAGUUUGUAUAUCCUUGGCUUCGCUUUUGGACCGAUGUUCUUAGCUCCCUUGAGUGAAUACUGGGGCAGAAGACCUGUUUAUCUAGUAUCCUGGACUAUAUUUACCAUAUUUCAAAUUCCUCUCGCCCUAGCUAAGAACUUGGCGACUGUGUUAGUAUGCCGAUUCAUCCAAGGCUUCGCUGGAAGUACUCCCCUCGCCAAUACAGGUGGUGUAGUCCAUGAUUUGUUCGGGAUAGACGAAGGUGGGAUGGCAGUUGCAAUAUACGCUUUGAGUAGCGCGGAUGGACCCCCUCUGGGAAACGCCCUCUCAGGUUAUCUAGCUCAGGAAAAAGGAUGGAGAUGGUUAUUUUGGACCUAUUUAAUCAUAUUCGGUGCAUUCAUCUUUAUAAUUUUCUUCUUCCUGCCCGAAACUCGAGAUACCAUAAUCCUUUCUCGCAAAACUCGCGUUCUGAGACAAUCGACAGGUUUAGAGAUGUACGGCGAACAUGAACUUGUCAAGAAAGAUCCCAAACAUUUAUAUACAGUUACGAUCUUUCGACCGUUCAAGUUUUUGUUCACCGAACCGAUCACAUACCUGUGUGCGGGUAUAAAUGGGUUCGUAUUUGGUAUGAUCUUCCUGUCGAAUGAGGCGUUCCCUUUAGUAUUCGGAUCAGGUAAUGGAGGACAUGGUUGGACCCACUCCGGUACAGUCAACCUGACUUUCCUAGCUUACGUCCUAGGCUCUGUGAUGGGUUUCGCCCUAACUCCCAUUCAGAACAGAAAGUAUCUCCAGGCGAGCAGUAUCAAAGGAUUCUCCGAUCCUGAAUCGAGAUGGUGGUCAGCAUUAUGGUGUACACCCUUUUGUCCUAUCGGAUUGAUGAUUGCCGCUUGGACAAGUUACAGUUAUCUACCGUGGAUAGCACCGUUGAUUGGUUUUACCCUAUUUGGAUUUGGCUUUUAUGUCAUCCUUGCUGCUAUUCUCAACUACGUGGUUGACGGGUACGGGCGUUAUUCAGCUUCUGCCCUGGGCGGUGUGGUAUUCGUAAGGAAUAUCGUCGGUGCCAUCUUCCCACUAUUCGCCAGACAGAUGUUUGUAGGGAUGGGCAACCAAUGGGCUUUAUUCCUCUUGGCAAUGUUAUCAAUAGGUAUGAUACCUAUCCCUUUUUACUUGUACAAGCAAGGUAAAAAAGUGAGACAAAGAUCACCUUAUUGCGCUACUCAUUUCGGUGAGGAAGAGUGA